ACAUGGCUGCGCCCAGGUCUUGAAAAUUCGGUUUUAAUUUCAACGCAGUUUUACCCAAAGUUUUCCCACAUCUGAGACGUUUCCAGGAUGUGUGCGCGUCUGGAGGAGGUGGCGGUACUGGAGGGUCACCAGGACAGGGCCUGGACCGUCGCCUGGAACCCGGCAGGAACGGUCCUCGCGUCUGCCGGCGGAGACAAGACCAUCCGGCUGUGGGGGAGGGAGGGAGAGUCCUGGGUGUGUAAGACGGUGCUGGAGGACGGCCACACCCGCACCAUCCGGUCCGUCUGCUGGUCGCCCUGCGGCACGUACCUGGCGUCCGGCAGCUUCGACGCCACCACGUGCGUCUGGGACCGGAAGAGCGGCGACUACGAGUGCGGUGCGACGCUGGAGGGACACGAGAACGAGGUCAAGUGUGUGGCCUGGUCGCCGUCCGGUCAGCUGAUCGCUACCUGCAGCAGGGACAAGAGUGUCUGGAUAUGGGAAGUGAGUGAGGAUGAGGACUAUGAGUGUGCGAGUGUGCUGAGUCUACACACACAGGACGUCAAACAUGUCACCUGGCACCCACACAAGGAGAUCCUUGCGUCUGCGAGUUACGACGACACUGUGAAGUUGUACCGGGAGGCAGACGAUGACUGGGACUGCCUGGCCACCCUGGAGGGACAUGACUCCACCGUCUGGGGCGUCUGCUUUGACCAGUCGGGAGAGAGACUGGCCUCCUGCAGCGAAGACAAGACCCUGAAGAUCUGGCAGGAGUACGCGCCAGGGAACGAGGAAGGUAUCCAGACGCCAGGCAGUGACCCCACCUGGAAGUGUGUUUGUACUCUGUCAGGCUACCACAAGAGGACGGUCUAUGAUGUCAAAUGGUGUCACCAGACCGGCCUGCUAGCCACAGCCUCGGGUGAUGACUGUAUCCGCGUGUUUCGGGAGGACGAGAGCGCGCCGGACAGGAGGAACCAACCAGAGUUCAGCCUCGCUGCCACGGCAGAGCAGGCCCACUCACAGGACGUCAACUGUGUCGCCUGGAACCCUAAAGAACCAGGGCUGCUGGCGUCAUGUAGCGACGACGGUGUGGUCAAGAUAUGGAGAUAUAAGGAGGAAGAAUAGUGUAGUUUUGUAAAAAUGUAGAAGCAGGGAGGUUAUGAAAAGGAGG